AUGGGGGGCCCCCCCCUGCGUUUGCUGCUUCUGAGUUUUUCUAUUUUAUACUUUUCUCUGGGCAGCGCAGCAGCAGCAGAUAAUGCUGCUGCUGCUGCAGCAGCAGAUCCUGCUGCUCGUCCUGCAUCAGCAGCAGAAGCAACGGAUGGAGUGCCUGCAGGAGCAGCAGCAGCAGACGAAGCAGCAGCUGCAGCCGAUGAAGCAGUAGGAGCAGAGGAUGAAGCAGCAGCAGCAGCCCCAGAUGCUGCAGCUGCUGCUGCAGCAGCACCUCCCUCAUCUGCUGCUGCAGCAGUACCUCCCGCACCCGCUGCAGCAGCAGCAGCACCCCCCGCACCCGCUGCAGCAGCAGCACCCCCACUCCCUGCAGCAGCAGAAGCAGCAGAUUCCCCACUUGCUGCAGCAGCAGCAGCAGCAGCAGCAGGAAGGCCCUUGAGUGAAGAAGAGCUGGAAGCAGCAGCAGCAGAAAUAGAAGAAGAGUUGAGGGGUUUACAGCGGCUAGGGUUUACAAAAACCACCACGCCAGCUCCAGGGUUUUUCAAAGAAUUUGGAAUGGGAUUAAAGAACUUCGCGUUGGCGCCUUUUAGAGCAGCAGCAGAAGUUUUUAGAUCUCCUUUGAGAGCAGCUAAAGGGAACAAAGGCAGCAUGUUGCUGCUGGCUCACAAAGUGGGAGAUGCAGCAGCAGACGCGAAGAAAAGGUGGACCGAGCUAGCCAGAGAUGUCUGGCGGCUAGCCACCAUGAGUCCCGAAAGGAUGCAGCAGGCGAAGCAGCUGCAGCAAACUGCUGCUAUAGAAGAUGCAGCAGCAGCAAGAAGUUUAUUGCGCAGCGACGGCGCUGCAGCAGAGCGCUUCGGCCAGCACCUGCAGCAAACCGAACUCCUGCAGCAGCAGCUGCACCAGCAGUACCAGCAGCAAAAGUCCGAAGACCAACUCCAAAGGGAAUUCGAAAGAUUUCUAGAGAGCGCCAACUAA